UAUCAAAUGCAAUUCUACUGAAGAUUGUAUUUGAAAUUUUAUUUUUAACACGAAAAGUGUUUGUAAAAGGUUCUAUUAGGACACUGUUGAUUAUCUCAGUUAUGGUGAUGUGAAUGAAUGACAACUGUAAAUGUAUGCAAGGAGAUGGCAACACUCGACACAUCCCGGACCCUCACUCGCUCAGUCAGCGUCUCGCAAGACGUUGGGUAACAGGGUAUGGACACGCUUCUUCGGCGGUGGCGGCAGUUACGCUGAAGUGGCGCUCUGAUUUUGAGAAUGAAGCCAUCUGACAUUUGCACUCUGCUGCACGUGAAUCUUUGGUGGGCGCUCGCAGUCUGUGUUUCGUUUUCACGCGGGGAAGACGCCGUCGCGAAUCCACUGCUGCGUUCCUUGGAAUGCAGUCAGGAGGAAACGCAUUCGUGCAGCCAAGGAAAUGUUACCUCGACGUCAUGGUCUGGGAGAGGAUGCUUCUGCGACGAUUUCUGUGGCGAGUAUGGAGACUGCUGCUACGACGCGGAAAAGGACGUCGAUCUCGGACCUGCAUCUGAGGCUGGGAGGCACCGCUGUGUCUCCCUUGUGAAGGACGAGGGCCAACACAUGCGAGCGUCCUGUCCCUCUGGCUGGGUCGACGAGGAGGUCGCGGCGCUGUGUCGGGCAGCUUCACCGGAACAAAUGUCGUUCCGAGAAGACCCGCUGCUUCACGUACCGGUCACCAGUAGAACGAGCAACGUGACGUACGCGAACUACCAGUGCGCAGUAUGCCAUAACGAUACGCAUGAUGUGGUCUUUUGGAACGUCGACUUGAAGUGUCCCUCACUUACAGGCCCUAGCGAGGUUGAGGUGAAUGCGACGACAGUGUUUCGAGAGGGCCAGUGGGGAGUGGUCGUGAAUGGCAGUGAGCAAGAAGUGCACAAAUGUAAUCUGACACUCUCCCUCGGAAACAUUUGGAAAUUCCCCGGGAGAUCGUGCAGACUUGUUGUGGACAAGUGCAUGGAAAACUGGCACGAUGAGGCGAUAGAAAAACUUUGCCAUUCAUACACAUCUCACGUAAGGAUAAAUGGGGAAGUUUACAAGAAUAGCUUUUGUGCUACUUGCAACAAUGCGUCCAGUAUAUAUCCAAUAUGUAACCCCCGCUAUUACUAUUAUGAUGAGGCUGACGAAGACGUAUCCUUUGAUUAUGGUGUGAGAUUCGGCGUCCCUUCUGCGCCGCCUCAGCCUUUUACUAUGCUGAUAGACUUCACGUGCAGAAACGGCAAUAAUAAGGUAGGAGAAAGCUGUGUCUAUGAUCCGUUCUCCAACAAGUACAGGGAUCUAGGUGAAAUUAAGGACCUGAUUCACCCAGACACACCAGGCAAUGCCACUGCCCCUCCUCUUAGCGACGGAACCUGUAGAAACGAGACGAUUUUCAAGGACGACUAUAUUAUGGUCAACGACACUGUGGUUAUAAAAGUGUCUAAUCGCACUUACUAUCCUGGGGAGUACGAGGUUGUAGAAGAAGGAGUUUUGGUGUGCUCCUUCGCGUCCGACAAAUACACGGCCGCCAUGGGGUGGGUGACGCUGGCUGGUCUGAGCGCGUCCUCCCUGUGCCUCGUGUUGCACUUGGUGGCCUUCGCCCUCGUGCCUCACCUCAGGAACCUUCACGGCAGGAACGUGGCAUCUCUUUCUGUGUCGCUCCUCGGGGCCUACGUCUCGUUCAUACUCAGCGUUUUCGCCGAGACAUCGACGACGGAAUGCUACGUGUUCGCGGUUCUCAUUUACUACUUGUUUCUCACGUCGUUCUCGUGGAUGAACGUCUUGGGCUUCGAUGUGUUUUACACGUUCAGGCGAAGCAGAGUGAGGUCCGGAGAACAGUGGAAGAGGUUCUUAGUGUAUUCUGCGUACGGGUGGGUGCUUCCCGCGUGCGCCGUCGCUGCGGUGGUAGCGGUGGACCAGACGAGGCCCCCCGGGUUCCCCCCGGAAUUCCUUCCGAGUCUUGGGCAGCACCUGUGUUGGUUCGGGCGACGCAAGGCCUUGCUGGCGUUCUUCGGCGCCCCCCUGAUCGCCAGCAUCAUCAUGAACGUGGCUUUGUUCGUCGCUACGACAGCCAGCAUCACCAAGACGAGGCAGUCAGAGAUGCGGAAGACGUCCCCGAGUGAGCCGAAGAAGGAGUUCCUCCUAUACCUCCGACUGGCCGUCCUGAUGGGGAUCACGUGGAUCACUGCGGUGGUGGCCUCGUACCUGGAGGAGGAAGUGCUGUGGUACGUGUUCAUCCUGUUGAACACUCUGCAGGGCCUAUUCAUCUUCCUGGCCUUCACCUGCAGGACCAAGGUGUGGGAAGCCAUCGCGCAGCCUUGCCAAGCGUCGUCCUCCGUCAGCUGCUGCAGAAGGCAAGAGUCAGUACCUCCGGCGAGUGAUCAGAGCGGAAUGUUCUCCAGCUCUACCUCGACGAACAUGACUCCCGCCGAUUCAGACAUGUCCAUUCACUCCUCAAACACAGUGCUAACGCUCAAGUUUUCGACGAUAAGUGCAGUUUAAAACCAAAAUGUUUUUAUGUAAAUAAUCAGUGCACAUAUGUAUAUAGGUAGAUUAUAAUGUUCAGACUGAAUUUUUGUUAUAUAUAAUAUAUAUAUAUAUAUAUUGUGUGUGUGUAUAAUAUAUAUACAUAUAUAUAUGUAUUUAUAUGUAUAUAUAUUGUGUGUGUAUGUGUGCAUCUAUAUAUGCACAUAUCUGUAUGUAUUUAUUUUCUACAGGGUAGUUACCAAAUAUGCUAUGAAUUAAAGUUUAUUUGCUCACACUUAAGAAAAUUUCAUUCAGGUACCAAAAACUGACAUGUAAUCCUCAGGAAAAAGGGAAACUUCAAUGCCAUAAAGAAAGUAAUCGACAUGACUGACAAUAUCUGAAGGGAACGUGAAACAGUGGAACAAAAUAAGAAAUAUUAGAUUUUGUGAUGCAUGCUGCGAUUUUUUCUUUCUUUCAUUUCCCCCCUUUAGCUCACUUAACUGUUACUAAAUAAAAGGAUGGAUGUCAAAAUACGCCCUAUGAGGUCCAACAACACUAAUUAACAUUUGUUAGGCAAUGCCUUUGUAUAUUACUGUAAAAAUGAUUCCUGAUUUUUGUAAAUAAACAUUUAUUGAAAA